AAUGUUUUUAAGGGGAAAAAGAAGUCUCAAAAGUCUGAUGGAAUGUUCAUGACGCAAGACGAGUUGGAGCAGUUCAGGAACUCUGUCCUUAAUGACGCGUUCACCAUGUACACGCAACGACUUCCCCAGCUUCUUCAGUCUCUUGGAGUUCAAGUGUCAGGCAGCAUUGAGAACAUUGCCAACAUUUCGCAACAAUUGCCCAUGUCUAAACCACAGUUUCAGCAGAGCAGCAAGGCUUCGGUAGAUCCUGACCCAUUUGCAGACCUUACUGAGAUGACUCGUUGCCACAUGAGUAUUACUGAUCCUAUUGAUGCCAUAGUGGCACGUGGAUCAGUAUUCCCGUGUUCUCCAGGAGUGUCCCUUCACAAUGCUCCCCUCCCAUACGACCAUGUCAAAGUAUCUGUGGAUGUGGUGCUUGAUGGUAUGGGGGACUAUCCUAUACCGACUCCGACGGAUGAGCACACCACUGUUUCUUCGACUUUGGGGAGGACCUCACAAACAUUGAGAUCUUGAUAGAACCUUGGGCACUAGGCUAUGCAGAGGAGAGGGUGUUCAGCAUUAAUCCUGAAAACAUCAAGGAGUUCUUGCGAUGGGAUAUGAUCGAUAAUAGCAUCGUCGAGAUCUUUAUGAGACACUUGUAUGGCUACAUGAGGACCCACGACAUUCAGAAUGUCGGGUUAGUGUGUCCGGACGAUCUCCAGCAUAUGGUAAAAAAUGGAAACCGUAAACCAGUGGAAAGGAUGUUGCUAGAUCAUAAAGAAAAAUCUUGGGUUCUUCUUCCAUUCUUCUGUGAGAGAACACAUCAUUAUACAUUGAUAGUAAUACGUUAUUAUGAAAAUAAAGUGCAUUACUUCAACUCAGCAUUGGGGACGGGGACUUCCAAGAAUCUUACACUGAAGAGUUACAUAAACGAAGCUUGGAGGAUCCUUCGAGUACAGGGGAUGG